GAUAAAAAGUGGAAACAAAAUAAGGUUUUGUACUUGAGCAGUGUGAUUCUAGAUUGUCGUCUUAAUUCAGCGCGUGUUAGUAGAUUCAUUGGUGUCAGUUUGGAUCAAAAGGAGAUACUUUGUUUCAAUAACACAUUGCAUUCCAGAAUGCCUAAUAUAAAAGUGUUUUCCGGCACUUCUCACCCGGACUUGGCCCAAAGAAUUGUUGACCGUUUGGGUAUUGAUUUGGGAAAAGUGGUCACAAAGAAAUUUAGUAAUCUCGAGACAUGUGUUGAGAUUGGAGAGUCUGUACGUGGCGAAGAUGUUUACAUUGUGCAGUCAGGUUCUGGGGAAAUUAAUGACAAUUUGAUGGAACUUCUGAUCAUGAUAAACGCUUGUAAAAUAGCAUCAGCGUCAAGAGUGACGGCAGUGAUUCCAUGCUUUCCUUAUGCCCGCCAAGAUAAGAAAGAUAAGUUGCAAGGUGGUGAAGAUGGCUAUGACAUGAAGUUCGCCAAAAAAAAUUACGACUGGAAAUUUAGGAGUCGUGCUCCCAUAUCUGCAAAAUUAGUCGCAAAUAUGUUGUCUGUAGCUGGAGCUGACCAUAUCAUCACCAUGGAUUUACAUGCAUCACAAAUACAAGGAUUCUUCGAUAUACCUGUUGACAAUUUGUAUGCUGAACCGGCAGUCUUAAAAUGGAUUAAAGAAAAUAUACCAGAGUGGAAAAAUUCUAUUAUUGUAUCACCCGAUGCUGGUGGAGCAAAACGUGUGACAUCUAUUGCGGACCGGCUGAAUGUUGAGUUUGCUCUUAUUCAUAAAGAAAGAAAAAAGGCUAACGAAGUAGCUUCCAUGGUCCUUGUCGGAGAUGUGAAAGACAAAAUUGCUAUUUUAGUAGACGAUAUGGCGGACACUUGUGGUACUAUCGUACAUGCUGCUGACCGGUUGGUUGAGGCUGGUGCACUCAAGGUUUAUGCCAUUUUAACUCAUGGUAUAUUUUCGGGUCCGGCGAUUUCCCGUAUUAACAACGCUUGCUUCGAGGCUGUCGUUGUUACGAAUACAAUACCGCAAGAUGGACAUAUGAGGGACUGUCCGAAAAUUCAGUGCAUCGACGUUUCGAUGAUGUUUGCCGAAGCUGUUAGAAGGACACAUAAUGGCGAAAGUGUUUCAUAUCUCUUUUCAAAUGUUCCAUAUUAAUACCUAAUUAUGAAAAUAUCGUGCAAAUGUCAGUUACCGUUACUCGCAUAUGCUUUUCUUUGCAAAUUAGUUUUAUUUGAAAGCAUAUUGUAGUUAAAACUAUCAUUUUAUCCAAAACUAUUUAGAAGAAAUAUAAUGUGAACACUUGUUAAAUUUAUUACCAAAAAUAAUAUAACUUGUUAGGAACCCCAACCACUCAAAUCUUAGUUUUGCAUAAUAUAUAUAAAAUACCUUAAAUCUUUAAAAUAGUUCUCCAAUAUCCACUCAGAUUUUGUUAAUUCCUAUUGAGUUGUAUAACAAUCGACUUAAAUAAAAAGUAUAAUUAACAAACAUGAACAAUA